UGGAGCUUUGGGGCUAGGGCAUAAUGCUGCGAAUGCACGCUGGGGCCGAUCUACCCAACUUCAUCAGUGGUAAGUGGUCAUGGGACAAUAAAACGGAGAGACUACUCUUUGAGCCCCACUUCGACUUGGAAGACGUCAGGGAUCGUUACAUUGAGACAAAUGGAUACAGUUUUUUACGCACACUGACUCAAGUGGAGGAAGCUGUCUUUCGCGAGGACUAUGUGCGUUCCGAAAGCACAUUCGAUACAGACACCGUGGCGAUAAAUGAUGUGCGAGAUCUUGUUUUAUUUCUGAUGCCAAAAGAGUUUCUGACCAUGAAGUUUCUUGAGUUUAUGCACCAACCAGCUGUCCAUAGAUUGCUUCAUGCCUUGAUCAUCUACUUCGACUACUUUCUCCGUUUGGUAGAGUUUGUGCUCAUUCGGCGGGAUGAGCUGGCAGGGGACAUGGCCCAGAUACAGAGUGAGCAGACGAAUGAAAUGAAACGGAUCUUCUCCGUCCAAUUGAGUCAGUAUCGCAUGCUGGUAGCCAGAAACUACAGCGUUAUCCUUAAGGGUGAAGGCGAUAUGGCUAAAUUUUAUCACAUGAAGCCGGUUAUUAAUAUUUCGAUCACACUUGAGGACAGAUUCUUUCAUGAACAGUUUCUAGCCGUUGCCAUACAGAUCGUAUGGAUUACAAUGCAUCGACGUGCCUACUACGUCAUAGAGAUGGAAAUGAAUCGACUCUUUCGCUCCGAACACUUUGUAAUGAAUCGACCAGAGUAUCUGAAGUUUACCCCGGCGGAAAGAAGUUUUCUGUAUGGACGAAGGAACAAAAAUGUUAGCUAUCUCUUGCAAGUAUCGCCAUUGAUACUAGAACUGCAGCAUGUUGACGAGGAGGAUUUGCCCAUAUUGUGGAUAGGUAAGCGGAAGUAUCGUGGAAAUAAUAUUCGAAUUGCGAAAAUCGAGCUGGAGUACAUCGUUCCGGACACUCAGCUGCGUAUGAUAGACGUGACCCAUGGCAUAUUGGGGCAUCCGAAACGCUUCUACGAUACCAUUCUCGACAUUAACUGGCCGGCUUUGCGUCACGAAAACUACUCCCUUGCUAAUGAUCCUUAUCACAUAAUACGGCAACCAACACUUCGCAUACCCAACGUUGUCGAUGCACAUUUACAUAGAAUGUCCCAAAAAGAUGAACAUUUCUUUAAGAUCUUCCACAUUUACGAGCCAUGCAAUAAGCAAAAUCUACUCAAGUGGCUACAGCGUGAAAACAAAUUAAUUUCUAUUGUCAAAGGCGAUAUCAAGCUCGACAUUUUUGCGCGCUGCGAAAGAGAAUUGUCCAAAAAGUCAGCAGGUCCCAAUGUUGACCAGGUUAUUAGCAAAUAUUUCCAACUGGUUUCCAGACUACGUAAGGAGGCCAGUUUCAUUCAUCCACAAUCUUAUUAUAUGCGGCCCGAGCUUCAAAGAACAGGUGACGAUCAAUUCUUUGGAAAGUAAAAUGAAAGUAGUCACAUAUCAUCUGACUUUUCGAAGAACGACAUCGUCGUGUAGUUGUUAUAUAUUUGUAUGUGUACAGAUUUCGAUAAUAAAUGUACAUAUGCAAGUGUUAGAUAA